AUGCUGGUACUCUUUGAAUCCGCGUCGGGAUACUACAUUUUCAAGCUUAACGAUGAGGGUAAGCUCAAAAAGCCCGAGUCGCUCUUCAAGGAGCUCCAGAACGCAAAGAAGGCCACCAAGCUGCUCUCCUUUGAACAGGUGCAGAAGUUCAAGGACGCCUCGGAUGCGCUCGCCUCCACUACGGCGCUGAUUGAGGGCAAGAUCAGCAAGCGACUAAAGAAGUUUCUGAACAAGAAGAUCGUGCCGUUGUGCGUCGAAGAGACGCUUGCAGUGUCUGACGCGAAGCUGGCCGCCGCCAUCAAGGAGAAGUUCAACGUCUCCUGUGUGACCAGCAAUGUCGUCCAGGAGCUGAUGUCCUGCAUUCGCUCGCAAAUGGCGAACCUAGUUCCGGAGUUCUCCGAAGAAGAGGAGGCCGCCAUGCAGCUGGGUCUCAGUCACGGUUUGGGACGAUACAAGCUAAAGUUUAGCCCUGACAAGGUGGACACCAUGAUCAUCCAGGCUGUUUCACUGCUUGAUGACAUCGACAAGGAGCUGAACAACUACAUCAUGCGCAGCAAGGAGUGGUACGGCUGGCACUUUCCGGAGCUCUCCAAGAUCGUCACCGACAACAUCGCCUACAUCAAGACGGUGCUGGCGGUGGGAAUGCGCACCAACACCGUCACCACCGACUUGUCGGAGAUCCUCCCCGAGGAGGUGGAGACGCAGGUGAAGGAGAUUGCCGAGGUGUCCAUGGGCACGGAGAUCGCCCAGGAGGAUCUGGAGAACAUCGAGUCGCUCUGUCGGAAUGCCCUCGACCUGCACGAGUACCGCGCCCAGCUCUUUGAGUACCUGAAGAACCGCAUGAUGGCCAUUGCGCCCAAUCUGACCAUUCUCGUUGGUGAGCUCGUCGGUGCUCGACUUAUCUCGCACGCCGGCUCGCUGCUGAACCUGGCGAAGCACCCCGCUUCGACGGUGCAGAUUCUCGGCGCGGAGAAGGCUCUCUUCCGGGCGCUGAAGACAAAGCACAACACGCCCAAGUACGGUCUGAUCUAUCACGCCCAGCUGAUUAGCCAGAGCAACAUCAAGUUCAAGGGUAAGAUGUCGCGCAUGUUGGCCGCCAAGGCGGCGCUGGCCAUUCGCGUCGACGCCCUCGGCGAGGAGUCCACCAAUGACCUGGGCAUUCAGAACCGCGCCCGCCUGGAAAGUCGCCUGAAGAAUCUGGAAGAGGGCGGCAUUCGAAAGAUCAGUGGCCAAGGAAAGCAGUUUGCCAAUGCGGCCAAGUUUGAGAACAAGUCGAAGGUCUUCACCUACAAGGACGGCGGAGACACCACUGCCACGCCGAGUAAUAAGCGAAAGAAGUUUGAAGAGGUGAAAAAGGAGGAGGAAGAGGAAGAAGAGGAAGCCGCUGAAGAAGUGAUGGAGGUGAAGGAAGACGAAGAGGCAGAAGAGGAAGAGGAGGUAGUCGAGGAGGCUCCGAAGAAGAAGAGCAAAAAGAAGAAGAACAAAAAGAUGAAGAAGGAAGAGUCGGAUGAGGAGGAGGAGGAGUGA